AGAGAAGCGAGUGUUCGGCGUGCUUGCGAUGUGGAGAACUGGCGCGUUACUUAGUGUUUCGCAUGCUGGGGUGGCUUGUGCUAAGGAUGAUAUGCUUUCCUUGGCGUGUGCUACGUGGUAAAGUAAUUCUAAAGCGGUGUUUUAAGUAAGUGGCCCUGUUAUUGUGCGUUCUGUGGGGUGGGAGACUGUGUGCGUUUGUGUGUGCUAAUGGUGCUACACAGUGGGCUUUUCGAGGUGUGCUAUGUGGUAAAGUAAUUCUAAAGUAGUGCAAUAAGUGGCUGUUACCUAUCGUUAUGCGGCGCGGCAGACAGUGUAUGCUAAGAGUGAUAUCAAAAGUCAUUGGUGAUAUGUACGUUUCUUGGCAUGUGCUGCGUGGUUAAAAGUUAGAGUGAUGCCUGGAGUGCAGUGGGACAGUGAAGUAUUGUGGGCCCUGUUGCGUUGCCCAGAAGUUAACCAGUGAGGCCAAGGAAGCUUAAGGAUAUCCAGCUUCCCUGAGUGUAGCCCGGGAUUGACUACAACCAAAAGGAAGCUUAGAGUCUAGGCAGCGCACGGAUCACAACUAAGGAGGGACGCCUCCAGGCCUGCAGGUAUCGCCAGGAGCUCUACUAACAGCUGUCGCCUGAGUGGUGUGUGCGGCUAUGGGCCUCCUGGCAGUGGCGGCGCUAGUGCACGCCGACCCUGAGCCCGAGGCCCUCGCUGAGGCUGACCCUGAAGCCUCUCGGCCCUACUACUACCACCACGGCUACCCCAAGCACUACUACGGCUAUCCUUACCGCCACUACGGCUACUACCGCCACCACCACCACAAGCGGUCUGCUGAACCCGAAGCUGCGGCUGAUGCUGACGCGUCCAAAUACACCUACCACCGCCACGGCUACUACGGCCACCCUCGCUACUAUGGCCACCCUGGCUACUAUGGCCACCCCCACCAUCCCCACAAGCGUUCAGCCGACCCAGAGCCCAGCGCUGACGCUUCCCCUGAGCCCAGCCGCGCCUACUACCACGGCUACUACUACGGCUACCCCGGCCACUACUACGGUUACGGCCACCGCUACUACUACGGUUACCCCCGCAAAUACUACCACUAGAGGCACACCUUUCCACGACACCCGGCAGCCGCCCUCUCACUCUCGGUGGCAGGGGCCUGUCUCUUAAUAACAACGAAACGCUUACCCGAGGCGGCUGAGGGAGAGGCGACGACACCUGCCGCAGGAUAGGCUGGUUCUGCUCACGCCGGUUUUUCUCGCGCGCAGGUGUCGCCCCAGACGCCCCGGGGCACCUGGGUGAGGCGCCGCCCCGCCCCGAUACCCUCACCCACUCGCCUGAAUAAAGUUAUCAUCCACUGA